GGGAAAGAGGGAACGCCACACGGACUCUGGCGAAGGAACACGUGUGCAUGCAACAUGCACACAUACUGGCUCUGCUUACGAGAUCCGCCGGGUGGUACCUCCGCGUUCGACAGUCAGAAACCGUCUACCACCUACGGACAAUCACAACAUCCAUAGCCAAGAGAAAAAUUUUUCCUGGGACGGGAUUCGAACCCGCACAACACUAAAGAGUCUACUACUGCGGCCACCGCUGCUGCCUA